CCGCUCGGUUGAGUUGAGCUUCAGCAGUAAACGUGAGUGGAUGCUGAAGGUUUUCCGCGUCGCGUUUUCCCAUUUUGUAACCAAAGUAGCUCCUGUUUUUUUUUGGGGAAUCCCACAGGAAGACUUCCUAUUACCUAACGAGCGGUAGAAGUUUAUGAAUGAAAACCGAAAAUCGAUAAUUGCUGCAGGUUCUAUUCCGGGGGAAGAGUGUGCAUUUUUGUGGUUCCAGUGAAAUCGUCAAUUAGAAUCCGGAGGAAUCUAGUUCAGGGAAAAGUAUGAAGAACAUCGAAACGCCAUAAGCAACAUUGAGCCAUUAAAUGUGAAAUUCUCUCAAGUGUGGGAAAAUCGUGCAGCCGAAAAACAGCGGGAAUCAUUAGGCUAGGACAAGCAAGCAGUUGGGAGACAUUUUUGCUUACGUUUUCGUUUGUGUUUCAUAUUUGCAUUACUAUGGCUGGAAGUGUUUCCUAUGAAAAUGAUGGACAGUAUAAUCAUCUCAGAACUUCCCUGCCGGUUCCCAUGUUCUCUCGCAGUGACUUCAACAUAUGGUCUGUGCUGAAGAAUUGCAUCGGAAAGGAACUAAGCAAAAUCACCAUGCCAGUUGUAUUCAACGAGCCGCUCAGCUUUCUGCAGCGAAUGACCGAAUACAUGGAGUACGCCAAACUGCUGCGGAUAGCAUCGGAACAGGCGGACCCCGUUGAGCGGCUAAAGUAUGUGUCGGCAUUCGCGGUAUCCGCACUGGCGUCCAACUGGGAACGGCUCGGGAAACCCUUCAAUCCACUGCUGGGCGAAACGUACGAACUCACACGACCCGAGUUUCGAAUCAUCUGCGAACAGGUAUCGCAUCAUCCACCCAUUUCGGCAUUCCACGCCGAUUCGGAAAGUUUUUCCUUCCACGGAUCGAUUCAUCCGAAGUUGAAAUUCUGGGGCAAGAGUGUGGAGAUUCAACCGAAGGGAACAGUGACGGUCGAGUUUCCAAAGCUGGGCGAAGCUUAUUCCUGGUGUAACGUGAACUGCUGCGUGCACAACAUCAUCGUUGGGAAACUGUGGAUCGAGCAGUACGGAGUAAUGGAUGUCGUUAGUCACAAGAAUGGGCUGAAGGCGACGCUGAACUUCAAGACGGCUGGCGUGGGAAAUAAGGAUUUGCAUCGAGUCGAGGGUUACAUAUCUGAUCGGAAUAAGCGGAAGACUCAUUUCCUGUACGGUAAGUGGACGGAGUUCAUCAAGUGUACCGAUUACGUUUCGUACGAGGAAUACUGCAAAGAGAAUGGGUACAAGUUCAAACGAGCGGAUGAGCGAAGCAAGAGUCCGAACGAAUCGCCAGGAACUACUCCAAGGAAGGUGCUAUCAAAGUUGAAUAGUCUCAAGAUGAGUUCCUUCAAAAGUUUGUCCAUAUCGGAGCCGGAUGAUCCACCAGAACCUGCCGAGGGAGACAUCCCAAAGAGUGACUCCACCUACUCCAUCGAUAUUCCGAAUUCGGUAACUCUGUGGGAGGCAGAAGCUCGACCAGGAAAUACUGCCGAGUACUACCAGUUUACGAACUUUGCCAUGUCGCUGAACCAAAUGGAGGAUCACAUGAAGCAGCCACGUGCUCUGUGCCCAACGGACUCCCGGCUGCGGCCCGACAUCCGGAAGCUGGAGCAGGGCGACAUGGACGGAGCGGCAGCGGAGAAGACAAGGCUGGAGGAAAAACAGCGUGAGAAUCGGAAGAAAAGUAAAAAGGGAGACGAUGGAGGUCUUUUUCCAAGGUGGUUCAAGCAUACGAUCAAUCCGCACACCAAGCAGGAAGAUUGGAUAUACCAGGGUGGCUACUGGGAGCGGACGGAUGAUUCGUUCGAACUGGACAUAUUUUGAACUCAUUAGGCCACCCUGUGGACAAGAUACGAGCAGCUAUCUCCUCUAAUCACAUACCUACAAAUAUACAUUUUGUCAGAAGUUACCAAUGAAUCUCAUAUUAACUUACGUCAGAAAAGGCGGAUUUUACACGAAACCACGAGGACGAUAGUUUCAAGAUCUAUAUAGGAUGUGCAUAUUUUAAUCUACAUCUGCAGAUACUCAUGCAAAACUGCAUUCCAUCACUUAGAAACAGACAUUCAAUGACGUAACACUACAGGAGGAAAGAAGCUUCUUAAUUCUUGAAGGAGCGCUAUCUUAGUUGUUUGACGAUUGCAGCAAGUGCUUGAAUGAUGUUUCGUUGAAUGGAUCGGGGAUCAACACUACACACACGUACACGAACACACUGAAACCAGCAAAACAUUUUGCCUGCACUGUGAGUGCCAACAGGGCUAGGAAACAGAACAAAUUAGCAGUAGAAAUUGUCUAUCUUUACUCCCACAUACUGCGAUCUACAGUUUGUAUCGGGAUAAGCAGAAUCCUUACCUAUAACUAAGUGUUUUGCCAUAAGAAGACAUGUACUGUCCAUUAUACUGUCCAGUGAUUUCGUUAGUCGUUUUUCGAGAUUAGUAGGAUAUCUAAUUUUACUAGUCACUUCAAAUUUGAUCGACACUUCUUUCUUUCAUAUAAGUUUUUCUUUGCUUCAACACUUUGACUCUUCUCACUCUGUAAGUAUGAAAACUAAAUAACAAGUAACCUUAAACCAAAUCUAUGAUUUGUUAGGAUUGGUUUAUGUUAUCAUUUCUGUGACAGACAUCCUCAUGUCAUACAUGGACAACUUCCGGCAAACUGCUAAAAGUUAUAUAGCAAUAAAUGUACCAGCAUUAUUAUUAGAGAAUAAAACGAAAAAAAAAAAUCGAAUGAGUGGGAAACAUCAUCAAUUCCAGCCAGGAAGGCAAUAAAACAAAGCUACCAAACGGAAUUCGACAAUAUUAACUAUCAUUUUAAGCAUCAUUUAGGAAAAGAUAAUUAAAAUAAACAUACAUAUGUAUUUUUCAAAACAAAAAAUCACUAUAGGUAAAACAUAAUGUAAAACAGAGUUAUGAAUAAAUUAUUUAUUGGCAAUUGAUGAAGGUCAAAGUUUAGAGCACGGCGUACGGAAAGCCAAGACAUUGUAGACAAAUUUUGAUUGAUGUACCUAUCAUAAUUUUGAGCAAGAAACAAAAUAUUCAGACAUGACAAAUUCUGUCAGCCAAAUGGCACGAAACGUGCUAAUCACACCUUAUUUAACAUAGUUUAUGAAAAAUUUAGGUCCAAAACCUGGUUUUCAGACAAGAAUAAAAACAACUUGUGAACCGAAAGUGAAAUUUUCAUGUAAACUAUUAUAGUAAUAGUGAUAUUUAAAAAAAUCGCCCGAUUCGGCUUUUUUAGAAAGGUUAGCCAGGUUUGGUUACUUGCCUGAAAGUAACUUCUUGAAACCUAAGCUUUUUAACAAACCAGUACAAAAUCUUGAUAAACGGAACGCUAUACUGAACUCAGUAAUAGAGUGAUUUUUGGUACCUAUAUGCAUAGUUUUUACCGUUUACUGGAGUCAGGUUUGGAUCACCAUCCAGUCAUAAAUAUUGAUUCAUUUUGGAAGUUUAAGAUUAAUGGGGAUAAAUUCAAAGUGUCACUUACCUUGCAUCAGGAUGACCUGCUAUAAAAAUAAACGCAGUGAAAUCUCUCUCAAUACGCUGUGUCACUUUCGAGAUGAUAUUUCUUGAUUGUUUCGAAGAACACUGAAACAAAGAGGAAACUAACAAUCAUCAUUCAUUUCUGUCAAUUAUAUCUGCUUUAUGUACACACACACACAUACACACUGAUACGAUUCUGAUCUAC